GUACCGGAGCAAAGUUUGGCAGCCUCACCAAAGCAGUGAAGGACGAGGCCGAACAGCCCUUCGAACGACCAGCGUGGUUGCAGCGCGUGGCGGAGCCCUUUGAUGCUAUAGACCUUUCUGCACGGAGCCGGCUGCAGGAGAUGUCUAAGCGGCGUGAUCGUCUGACACGGCAGCUGCGCGCACUCCAAGCAGCCCAGGCUGCAGAUCCCGAGUCCAACAUCUCAGUGGAGUUGGAAGAGAUGCAAGCGCGUCUGGAAGUGGCAGAACAGCGGAUUCGAGAUCAUCGGGAGUUGAUAAAGCAGAGAUCUGCCGCUCGCUGGGAGCGCCAAGAGAGCGGCAGCGAAAAAGUGCCCCGUUCCACUGCCGACUCUGCUCUUCUUUCGAUCAAUCGAAGCCUCUGCCGAUGCUCGAGCCGAGCUGGUCUGCUGGAAGUCCAUGGUGCCUUCAGUGCCUUCGCGUUCUUGCGUUGGCAAGAGGCCCUGAGUCUGCUCCUCUUAGAGAGGGAGGCGUCCCUCCAGGCGGACGUCGUCGCCUUCACGGCUCUCGUGCGGGCCUGUGCCAGGGCCGCCGCCAAGGCAUGGCCAGCCGCCAUCGCCACACUCUGCAACAUGGAGGACCGGACUGUGGCACCGGACGUGAUGAGCCUGGGAGCCGGAGUCGAUGUCUGCGCCAAAGCCAAUCGUUGGCUGCCCUCCUGCAUUCUGUUGCAAAGAUUGCGGACAAGGGCCUGUGAGGCAAACGUCAUCGUUUUCAACAGUGCGAUCACUGCAUGUGAGCGGAGCUCUGAGUGGGCAGCUGCCUUUCGACACCUUGGGCUGUUGGGCUACAGUGCCAUGCAGCCGGACGUCAUCACUCAGAAUUCCCUGAUUACAUCCUGUGGCAGCGGCACCCCGCUGGGAGAAUCUCUCUGGGGCGACGCCUUGGAGCUCUUCCAGAGCUUCCACGGUUUACAGCGGAGCCUUGUGACACUCAACGCUGUCGGCGCCGUUUUCCGUCAGCGUUGGGAGAUGGUUUUCGACACCUUUAUGGGCCUGGAUCAGCGAGGCAUGCAACCGGACACCGUGACGUUGGGGACGGUGGUGACAGCUUGCGUCAGUGGCACAAAAUGGCAGCGCAUCUUGCAGCAGCGGCUGCAUGGUACAGGCCUUGUCACUCUGAAUGCAGCGAUCUCAUGCGAAGGUUGGCGUGAGUCAUUGUUUCUGGCCCAGCUGGCAGCCAGCGGGGAAUUCGGCUGCUAUGCGGACACGAUCACCUUCAACACAGCUGCGAGUGUCUGCGAGAAAGCACACCGUUGGGAGGAGGCUGUGCUCUUGCUUGAAGCUCUACAGGAUUUCCGGUUGAGCCCAGAUGCCUGCACUUACAAUGCAGCGCUGAGUGCGUGCGAGAAGUGCAGCCAAUGGGAGAAGGCUCUGCAAAUUCUGUUUCGCAUGACUGACAAGAGGGUCACCCCAGAUAUAAUUUCUUACAAUGCUGCGAUAGCAGCGUGUGAGUCAUCAUGGGAGAGUGCUUUGGCACUCAUGCAUGCCAUGCAGGCUGGGCACAUCGCCCCGGACCAGAUCAGCUAUCACAGUGCUAUCGGAGUAUGCACAGCCAGCCAGCAGUGGGAAACAGCCUUGUGUUUGUGCCAGAGCAUGUCCCGAGAGAGCAUCCGGAUAGAUUCAAUCUCCGUUAGCUUGGAGAUGAGCGCCCAGGAGAAGGGGCGGAGAUGGCAAAGUGCACUCAGCGCAUGUCGCAGGAUGGCUACGAUGGGAUUGCAAAACAACCCCUUCACCUACGGCGCCACCCUGAGCGCCUGCAAGGGUCAGUGGCACGUGGCCCUGGCCCUGCUGGAGGAGUUCUGGUGGAGGCCGGAAAUCCUCACGGCCACUUUGCUUGGUGCGGCAUUGGGCUCUGCGCUGGGCUCCGAAAGCGUCUCUGAACCGGGUUCUGUGCACUUCGUGGCCUGGGUUUUGGGCCUGUUUGGCCAGAGCCGCUUGGCCCCUGGUGCGGCAGCGUAUGCUGCCGCCCUGGAGAGCCAGGCAAGGGCAGGCGCCUCUGGUGCUGCUUUCAGAGUUUCGGGACCGCGCCUUGCCGAGGAGCUCGACAGCUCCUCGCUGACGGCACUGCGCGGGAAUUUCGUGGGGGAAAAGUGCCAGAAAGAGAAGCAAAGCCCUCAAGGCGAUAGAAGCCUGGCAACAGCAAGUGGCAGCGCAGCACUUGGGGCCCAGUGCAGCGAAAAGCCCACGAUGGCACGAGACCGUUCCGAAUGCUGCACUGGUUUUAAUUCUUGCAGGCUUCGCUGGCUUGGCCGCGCGGUUCUCCUGAGCCUCCUUCUGCUGGCCUCGGUUUGGUCCGAUGCCGGCCUUGGUUGUAAGAAACAGCCAUCUCAUCAUGUUUCAUCCGCAGCUGUGGCAACUCAACCAAAUAGACUGUGCACAUUUCGGCAGGCUCGCACUGCAACCAUGCUGCGCGGUGUUGCGGGAGUUGCUCUCCUAGCUGCCAUGGCCUACCAGGCCAGGCGCCUUGGCCGUCUCCUUGGCUACACCAAGGUUGCCUCGCUGGAGUUCGGGCCCGGGCAUGGCAGCUUCGCGCAGCAGCCGCCCGAACGGUGCUGGAAGGCCGCUUUGGAAGCACCCGUCGAGGAUUUGACCGUUCUGGACCAGGAUCGCGGCCUCCUACUCGGGGCCACCGGCCAUGUUUGGGAGUGCGCCCUGCUGGGUGCUAAGGGCAGUCGAGAUAACAGGAGCCACAGCAACCAUGUGGUCUUGGUGGACUCCAAGAAGCAAGAAGUCAAGGCGCUGCAAGUUUUUAAGCACCUGCCAGGUCAGGGGCAUGUUGCAUACAGCAGCGAUCCGGCGGACCAAGUGUAUCAUGGAAUUUUUUACAGCAACAGCUCUCGGCGGCUCUACGCGGUCUGCCACCGUGUGGCUUUCACGUCGGUCGAGGUAUUCUUGGUUCACGAAGGGAUGCCCGUGGGCUCCGAAGUCUCCGAAGGCUUUCACGACUCUUUCUUUUUGGAGCAUCUGGAAACCGUAAGGUCCGCAGAGUUCCAGCGCUUGGCCUUGAACGAUGUCGUGGAGGCUGCCCUGGAUGGCAGCAGCUUCUUCGUGACAGAGUGGCUGGAUCAUGACCAUGUUACCGGCUUUAGACACUAUUCAGCAUGGCAGAUGAUGAGGCACCGGGUCAUGAUCCUUUUGAAAGCACGGCGCACAAGACUGCUGAAGUGCGUCCGAACGGAGAUCGUGGGCAUGCCUUGGUCCUGUGCGGCCGCGACUGCAGAUAGAUUUGUGAUGGCGAAUGGUCUUGCAAUCACGCCGGAUCGUCGUUUCGUGUUCCUGUCAGAUCCGGCUGCAAACGAGGUUGUGAUCUACCGGAUCGAGAGCGAGGGCGGGUCUGAGAGCUUGAGAAAGGUUCUGAGUUUCAACCCAAAGCAUGCCGUGGACAACCUGGAGGUCGUGGAAAGUGGGGUGAAUCCGGAUGAGGUGGUCCUCCACGCCGGUUCGAUACCUACUGUUUUUACCACGGGGACAGGUUGCGAGGGUGGCUUUGGCAUGACCUGGCCGAUCCAAGACCUCGAGGGGCGCUCAGGCUUUAUCGGUUGUCACCGGUCGCCGGGAGGGUUGCUGGAGAUUCGCGUCACAGGCUUCAAAGGCCUCAACAGACAAGACUUAGAGGUCCAGAUGCAGGAUCGACUGCUGCAUGACGGCUCACUGCUGAGUGACGUCAGCAGUGCCUUUGGCCUCGAUGGACGUGUUGUCAUUGGGAGCCCUGCUACGAGCGGGGUGCUGUUCUGCGACCUGUAG